AUGGGCAAAAUAUUAGGAAAGCUCUUCAACGCUGAGGAGAAGGACGUCGUCCCUGGAGAAGAUAUUAGUGUCGUCCCUAGACGACUAAAGAGAAAACAAACAGAAGAUGGGGAAAGCCUACAGAGGGAGAAAAGCAAGAGACUGGUCCCCAUCCCCUGUGAAAAUGAGUUGACAUCCAGCUCAAAGGAUAUUAGUGGCGUCCCUAGACGACUAAAGAGAAAACAAACAGAAGAUGGGGAAAGCCUACAGAGGGAGAAAAGCAAGAGACUGGUCCCCAUCCUCUGUGAAAAUGAGUUGACAUCCAGCUCAAAGGAUAUUAGUGUCGUCCCUAGACGACUAAAGAGAAAACAAACAGAAGAUGGGGAAAGCCUACAGAGGGAGAAAAGCAAGAGACUGGUCCCCAUCCCCUGUGAAAAUGAGUUGACAUCCAGCUCAAAGGAUAUUAGUGGCGUCCCUAGACGACUAAAGAGAAAACAAACGGAAGAUGGGGAAAGCCUACAGAGGGAGAAAAGCAAGAGACUGGUCCCCAUCCUCUGUGACGAUGAGUUGCCAUCCAUCUCAGAGGACACUGAAAGCAGAAACGCACCUGAGGCGGCUCUGAGCGAGAGAAGCGCUAAGAGGAAGUCGGUCGCCGAUGACGGACCGGUUCAGAAGGAGAUCAAGUUUCUAGACCCGUCAGCCAUGUUUAAGGCCAAGUACCAACUGCAGCAGAAACUUGGCCAAGGAGGAUUUGGAUGCGUGUAUGCUGGCUAUCGCAGAGAGGAUAAUCUGCCUGUCGCCAUCAAGCAUGUUAACAUAGACGAAGGGCUCUUCCUUCACCAAGAUAGUGAUGGGAACCUGAUGCCCAUGGAGAUCGCUGUCCUAUACAAACUAGGAGUCGAAUCAGAGCGUCAUUCAGCACACAUUGACCUACUGGACUGGUACGUUGUGGACAAGGAUCUGAUCCUGGUGCUGGAGAGACCGAUGCCGGCCGUAGACCUCAGCCACUACGUUGACGACAAAGGAGGCUUCUUGAAGGAAAAGGAAGCUAAGAUUAUAAUUACACAGUUGGUGAAUGCAGCCAUUGACCUCCAGGAGAAGCACAUUUUCCACCGGGACAUUAAGCCGGAAAAUCUCCUUAUUGAGACCUGCAUGAACGCUCUGCGAGUUCGCGUCAUCGACUUCGGUCUGAGCUGCUUCGGCGGAGAAAACGACGCCUAUGACACCUUUUAUGGUACUCACUUCCCCCCAGAGUGGUUCACUCGGCAGGAGUACAAAGCGGGACCCUCGACAGUAUACCAGAUCGGAGUGGUCCUGUUCUUCAUGCGACACAAGGCGGCAUCUCCACCGGCGAUCACCCUUCUGGAGCUGAAGGAGACCAGUUGGCUUUCCGAAAAUGGCAAAGAUUUCUUUGAGGCGUGCAUAUGUGCGGACCCGGAUAUUCGUUUCACCCUGGAGCAACUGAGGAAUCACCCAAUGUCCAUGCAGUCCGGGCGCAGGUGGUUAUCAAAGCCGCGAAGCUCCGACACGGAGUACAGCGGCGGCAUGGUCCGGGAGGGGAGUAGUAGCGUUAAGCUAGCGCCAGCCUGUGACCAAGAGCCCGCCGUCCGCGAGAUGAGAAGCGAUGUGCAGCCCAGGAGAAUAAGCGAGAUGAUCCACAGCAUACCAGCGGGAAGAUGCCAGCAGUCCGGUGAGGAGAGAGUGGUAGCCUAG